AUGGCGAUCAGGAAGCUUCUGCUACUAUUGAAACCGAUUGAUCCGUACCCAUUUCUUCAAACGGAAGGUGUAUCGGUUAUCAAAAACCCUAAGGUUCUUCAAUAUCUAGAAAGCAGGUGCAAAGUACACAGGAAUGCUAUUCAUUUUUGUCAGGAARUACUAAAUAAGAAGCCAGUUGAAUGGAAACCCAUUUCCCGUAACGAUUUAUCGCUUCCCAUUCAUGAUGUGGAUAUGGUCAUCACCGUGGGUGGAGAUGGCACCCUCUUGCACGCUAGUCAUUUCAUUGAUGAUUCUGUUCCGGUUCUAGGAGUUAAUUCUGAUCCAACACAAGCUCACGAGGUGGAAGAAUUGAGCGAUCAGUUUGAUGCUAGCAGAAGUACUGGCCAUCUUUGUGCUGCAACAGUUGAGAAUUUUGAACAGGUACUGGAUGACAUUUUGUUUGGCAGAGUAGUUCCUUCAAAAGUAUCGAGAAUAUCAUUGAAGUUAAAUUCAGAACCUCUUCCUUCACACGCACUUAAUGACAUUUUGAUCGCACACCCAUGCCCUGCUGCAGUUUCAAGGUUCUCGUUCAAGAUUAAGAACAAAAAUGGUGAGACCCUUCAAAAGACAGUGAACUGCCGCUCGAGCGGUCUAAGAGUCUGCACAGCUGCUGGCUCAACUGCAGCAAUGCGGUCAGCAGGUGGUUACAUAAUGCCAAUGUUGUCUCGUGAUCUACAGUUCAUGGUUAGAGAGCCAAUCUCUCCCGGUUCAACCGCCACUCAAAUGCAUUCAGCCUUCAAACUGGACCAAUCCAUGGAUAUUAACUGGUAUUCAGACCAAGGAACUAUCUACAUCGACGGUUGUCAAGUUCGUUACAACGUGCAACUUGGAGAUACAAUCGAGAUAUCAUCGGAUGCGCCGGUCUUAAACGUUUUCUUAUCUCCUGUCUUUACUCAGAUCAGAUCAAGGUGUUAG